AGCGCAACAUUUACAGUGGGCUUUACUACCCACGCACAAAGGCAGUUGUCACUAUUUGAUCCACGGCUUUCCCUGGACGCAUUCAACCUCUACUAUCGGCAUAUUUCGACCCCAGCAUACAUCUUAUAGACCUCCUUAUAAUCCAAUUGACAUUAUCUUCCUACAAUGGCGACUGCCGCGAGAACGUUUCUUGCGUUCCACCACAAUGCCAAACUCUACCGGCUCAAGACUCAAAUCCUUUCCAUCCGCCCAUUCUCAGCGCUGGAAGAAACAAACCAAGGACUCUUCAAGCAAGCAAGCCCCGACGAAGACCACGUUGUCGUCACCAAAGAGACUGUAUUCCACCCCCAAGGUGGUGGUCAGCCCUCAGAUGAAGGAUACAUGACCCCGGCUGCGGAAAACGAUGCAAGCUCACCUGCUGGCCCCUCAGAUCCAUCAUUUCAAGUCCGCUCCGUCAGAAUGGAUGCUGUGAAUGAUGGACAAGUUCUGCAUGUCGGCCGCUUCGUCAACGGUGCCUCAUUAGCAGCAUAUCAGCCCGGCAGCCUCGUCGAACAGGCCAUUGACGUCGAAAAGCGACUGCUCUACUCGCGAUUUCACACAGCAGGCCAUGUUCUCGGCGCUGCAGUCCGCCAUCUUCUUGAAAGUCAAAUUGAGGGGUUCGAUGAGCUCAAGGCUUCACACUUCCCGGACAACGCAUCCUGUGAGUUCCAAGGCCUGAUUGACGGCAAGUGGAAGCCAGAGAUCCAACAGCGAGUCAACGACUACGUCAAGAAAGCCAUGUCUGUCGAAAUCGAUUUCUGGACUGCUGAGGAUUUCCGCAAGGCUGGUCUGGAGCGAUUGAUCCCAGAUAGCAGCUUCCUCGGCCCAGGAGAAGACAAAUUCCGCGUUGUCAAGAUUGUCGGUGCCGAAACGUAUCCUUGUGGUGGAACGCACGUUGACACCACCGAUUUGUGUGGUGAGACAACUGUUAAGAAGAUUUCGAGAAACAAGGGAAUGAGCAAAGUAAGCUACACGGUAGCCUCUGCAUAAUUGUACGACGUAUAUAUAAGUCUUUUAAGAGUUGAGGUUAGACGAGAGAUGAAUGAUGACAUAUAGAUAGUUUAGAUGAAUGCGUUGAUAGAUAUAGACAUUUCAAUUGAGUUGGUUAUGGACGGUAUUUCUUUUAGAAAACA